UAACAAUAAACAGUACAAUGUAAAACAACUACAGAUUUGAGAAACUAAUGAAUAAUAGAAAUGUAAAGUUAUUGAUUUGGUAUUCAUUUUAUUUUAAAUUUGUCACAAAAAAAAAAAAAACUUGCUUUCAUGUGCUUGAUUUUUAUAUAAACCACUUUUUGACACAUUACAUGUUCAUGAACUUUGUUUUUUUUUUUAAGUCAACAUCAAGAUUUUAAGGGAAAAAUGUAUAGGAAUAUAUUGGGAAAGUGUGUAUUUUGGGUCCUCUAAUUUGUCAACAUUUCUCAAAAGUUUUUCACCAUUUUUAAUUAUUUUUUACCUUUACUAGUUUAAAUGGUCUUGCGCUUUGAUAGAUUAAUAUUCCAUGUAGUCUCUCAAAGAAUAUGAGGUCAUAAAAUCUGAAUUCAUUACAAUUAUAAAACAAUUAGUAAAGCGCUGUUUAAAAUAGUUUUAGAUGGAGUAUAGCAUGUCACAACUUCCCAAAAGUAUUUAAUGUCAGCUACCAAUAAAACCAUUGUGCAUAAUCCAAUUCCAAAGACAGCUGUUUAGCAUACAGUAUCUGGAAAAUUCUAGCAAAAUUAGUCUAUAGCAUUUAGGUUUUUAGUAAUUAGUUUAUUUGUAAUGAAAUAAUUAACUUUUUUAAGUUUAAUGUAAUCAUGCUUUUCCACCUGUAAACAUGUGCUUUGCUACAGUUCCUCAUUGUGCAUUGCUUCAGCUGUUAUGCAGUUGACACAUAUAUGACAUACACAGGGUCAUCCUUAGGGCGGUGCAACCGGUGCGGUCACACCAGGCCCUGCGCUUCAGGGGUGUGGGGGGUGUUGGGUGAUAAGGGGUUGGGUCCACGUUUGACCUCACAAUGGGCCCUGUCCUUUGCUUGGGAUGGCCCUGGACAUACAGGGCUCUUUUUUAAUGUCACACUUAGACAUCAGACUCUGAACUGAAGUGAACCUGCUAUCUACAUGCAUUUCCAUCACAUGCAUAACAGACUUUCUGAAUUCACCCUGUAAUUUUGCAUGCCUCGGAUAAAGUACAAACAACAUUAUUUGUAUAACUUAUAUAUCAUUUUUAUAUUUAUAUAAGUUAAAUAUCAUGGUCAGAAUUGUUAUAGCCUAUGUUUUUUGGCACUGUACCAUUGAUAAAGCACCUCUGAUGAUUGUUUUCAUUUACACUUUUUUUGUUGUUGUUAACAUCCACAGAUAUAAUAGUGUUGUUUAAAUGAUUAGUUCAUUUUUUCAUUUUUUUUUUUUUUUUUUUACUCACUCCAAAGUUUCCUCUAAGACAUUUUGGUUCAGUUGGUGAUCAGUUGAGUUCGCCCAUUAAAUCAAGUCUCCAUCUCCAUCAUAGCGAUUCCAUUAGCUCAUCGAACUUUUAAUGGGAGCUGUAUUCACUGCCUGAGUAGAAAUCCUACAAAAUCCUUUUAUGAUUUAUGUCGAGAUAACUUGGUAAACAUGACAAUUACUUUUAAAUCAUUUGUUACACAUAGUAGUACAUAACCAAAGCUAUAAAUAUUGAAAUGAAACAUUUCUUGUUGUGUGUGUUUUUCAGUUAGCUUACAUUCAUAAGUAAGAUAUCUUCUACAGAAUUACUGAACCACAAUAUUACAAAAUAUAUCACAUAUUUACACACAAGAACAAUCUUAUAUGCACACAAGCAGUUAUGAGGGAACAGCUGUCAAUGGCAUUUCUGUGCAGUUUAAAUACACUCACUGGACACUUUAUAAGGUACACCUGUACACCUACUUAUUCAUGCGAUUAUCUAAUCAGCCAAUCGUGUGGCAGCAGUGUAAUGCAUAAAAUUAUGCAGAUACGGGUCAGGAGCUUCAGUUAAUGUUCGCAUCUACCAUCUGAAUGGGGAUAAAAUGUGAUCUCAGUGAUUUAGACCAUGAUAUGAUUAUUGGUGCCAGAUGGGCUGGUUUGAGUAUUUCUGUAACUGCUGAUCUCCUGGGAUUUUCACACACAACAGUCUCUAGAGUGUAUAGAGAAUGGUGUGAAAAAAAAAAAAACAUCCAGCGAGGAGCAGUUCUGUGGGCAAAAACGGCUUGUUAAUGACAGAGGUGAGAGGAGAAUGGCCAGACUGGUCCAAGCUGACAGGGGAAAAUAUAUAUUUAUUUUCCCCAAUAAUAAAUAAGUGUUGAGCAGAUUUGUGUCAAUUUAAAAUCAACUUUCCUAAAACAUGUCUUUAAUGCAUGAUUUUAUUUAUUUAUAAUAAUGCAUUAUUUAUGUGAAGCCAGUCAAGUUAUUUUCAGAUGUAUAGAUCUUUUCACAGUUUCAAAGCUGUUAUGAUAACACAAUAGGUUUUUGAUCAGGCAUUACAAACAAUUACUCCAUGGGGAUUUCACGGGCAGACGUGUCCGGGAACGAUAUAGUUUGCCGGACAAAUUGGAAAAAAUCCGGUCUUCUCAUUUCGGUGUUUAUUUUGCGCUGUAAACGUGAUGGACUAUGCAUAAUAAUGGAACUGCCAUCUAAUUAAAAAAAACAUUCAACAAUGAGGGCAAAACAAAACUAAACUGCAAUUUUCGUUUACAAAUAAAUAUUAAAAUAACAAAUCAUUAGGGUAUGUCAUAUAAUUUCUCACCUUGGCUAAUUUCCUUAGCUCUUUGUUUCAUAGCACAAAAGCGUUUUGCUGCCAAAGUGAAAUCAGAUAUGUCCAGUGUUUCUCUACAGCUUGAGACUCACAUAAACCUAAUGUCCUUCUCUCCAGAAGACGGCAACGCAAAUCUGUUUUAAUGUGAUUCUGAAGUGAAAAACUUCCCACUGCGAGCACUCGAAUGUAGGGAACGUAGGCUACUUAUGCCAGCGUGAGGGAUACAACUCAUUGUAGUCGCGGAUAAGGACUCCCUAAGCUUUAGGGACUCUGACAUCCCCCACCCAAUCACGAGCCUGGUCCAUGCCAAAUGACAACCAAUUAUAAAAAUCCUGUCAUGUUUAACCUAAAUUAUUUCCAGAUUUGUUUUUUUAAGAUCAGGCUUUCCAGACAAUAGCCUCAUUUACCUUCAAUCUGUUCCAAACACAAAAAGCUAUUGUACAACAGAAAACUUGGAAUAUAGUAGACAAGUCAUAUGAACUACUUCCUUUUUGGAGCUUUAUAGACAUACUGUAAUCACUGUGAAAUUUGGUAAAGAGCUGCAUGAAGAUUCUUCAAAAUUUCCUCUCUUGUGUUCCAUGGGAAAAGAUAACACCAUACAGGUUUGGAGCAAAAUAAGGGUGAGUAAGUAAUGACAUAAUUUUCAUUUUUUGGUGAGGUACAGUAUACCUUUCUCAGCAGGUGAUGCAAAGGCCAAGGACAAAGGGAAGUGGAGCUAAAGCUGAAUGUACUUUGCCUACAUCAUGUGAGCCUCACUGGUCAACAAAUAACAUGCAAUCUUCAUGUUUCAUAAUCUUUUAUGACAAGCUCAGGUCUUUCUUUGGAAUUUGUCUGGAUCUGUGACAUGAAACAUCGAACUAAUAAUGUUUCAACUGUAAACCAGUCGGUUCAGUUUGAAGAGGGUGAACAAUGUAGACGGGACAAGCUCUCUCCAGGGCUGCUGUACCUGGAGCAGGUGUGCAGGAUGCUGGAGAACAUUGCAAAGCUACAGCAGCAAAAUCACACUCUGCAGAAGGAGGUAGAGAUUCUGAAGAACCAGCAUGCUGAAAUUAAGUGUGCAAGCUUGAAUGAGGAGGAAAUAAACUACCCUGCCAGUCAAAGUUUAGAUGGUCCUGAAUAUCAAACCAGCCAACAGACUCGCCUAAAGGACUCCAGAGAAUUUCGUCACAGAUCACAGUCUGAUACACGAGCAUUCUUAGGCCCUCACAGAAGGGCAAGGUUUGCUCAAGAUGAAUCUUUCGUAUCUGCAGGUGUCUUAUUCGAGGAACCUGACAGUAAAGUUCCUAUACUGGAAAAUGAGCACAAAAAGCCAAGUAAGAUUCAAAAGCUGAAAUUUACCUCAUUUAGUAGGCAAGAAACACAAAAGCCUGACACAGAAAACAAAAGUGUUCAGCCUAAGAAGAAAACAAAACUGUCAAGCUUCUUCAGAAGUAGAAGGAUGACCACACGGCUUUGAAAUUCAUGUCUCAUUGUUGCCCAGUCAACAGCCUCACAAUGGUGAUCUACACCUACCAUUUACACAAGGAUUAUGCUGCACUUAUGUAUAACACAAUUUUGUCAUAUAUUACUGUCAUGUAGUGUUCAUAUUACUGUGUAUUUACUUAAGUACUGAGUAAUACUAAUAAAUUGCAUGUACUGAAUUUGUGUAUAUUUUGUGCAGUCAUCCAGUCAUUAUCGCAGAAUAAACCCUGAAAGAGUGAUUAGGUUUUGCAUUUAUUUUGCGAUAAUGGCUGACUUACUCUUAUUAAAAAUCUUCUUACUAAAUAAAUAAAUAAAUAAUUGGACAUGAAAGCUAUGUAGAAAAUCGGUUGCCAGUCAAUUACUGUAUACAGUUUAGUGAUUGUAUAUCAAAAUAGCUCUUUUUUUAACCAUGUAUUUUUGUACAGUGUAUUUUUGUUUUUUUGAUAAUAAUUGUUUCUUGUAAUAAAAUUACCAUAUUUA